GCGAAAACAUAGAAAUAAUAAUAAAAAAAAAACCAAAAAACAUUACCCAGUCGACCGUCGGCCCGCAUGCACGGCGCAGUCCAAUAUGUAAUUUGCACGGAACGACGUCACGACGGUUGGACUAUGAUGUUUCAGUCAUUUAGAUGCUGAGCUAUUAAGUCGAACAUGAUUGGCCCUUUACUAAAAGCGGCCUUCGUCUCCAUAUUUCUAGCCAUCGAUAUCAACUGCGACCGUUACAACGGAUGGCCGCCGAGUUGGAAGAAAAAUACAGGUUGUUUGUUCAAUCCAGAUGUGUGCACAAAACAGGAAUGGUGUUUUGACGAUCAUGCUUUCGGUCAAUGCGUAUCGAAAAGGAGCUACGGAGAAGGCGAAUAUUUGUACAAGCUGUUGGCCGAUAACCUCCUAGUGCUAAGAGAUGACUUGGUCUUUCUUUAUCGCCAUGGCUACAGCUGGACACACCCUUACACCCAAUGCGUAAUUCAGUAUAGAUUGAAGUCGAUCAAGUUCCGUACGCCCGUUGACAUUUCCAUAUGCAAUCAAUUUUCCAGACUCGGCGAUGAUACACAGUUCGACAAUGCCGAAGUCGUUGAUCUUCCACCACAGCCGGAUUUCUACACGGAGCCAGUGAACGCAGCACGGAGUCGCGAAGGACAGUAUUUUGUAGAAACUGACGAUGAAUAUGAAAAUGUCGCCAACAAUCGUUUCCGACCGAACACCGCUAGGAAUAGACUUCAAGGGACGCCUUUGUACUUGCCAUGGAUGCCCGACGCCGCUAAGUCUUACGAAGACGACGAUGACACCGCCGACGUACGCGACGUGCCGACUUACGGUCAAGUGAGAUUCCGACAAGACUACAACACACCCGAUGGUUUUAGAUCAGGUGAAGAGGUCAAAGAUAAAAUGGUCGACGAGUGGAACGAGCUAAGACGAAUGGACAUGGCCUCCAAAGAAGCCGACAGUUCGGAUAAGGCUUACACGGAAGGAGGUCUUGUGUUUUUGCCGAGAAAGGGUUGGGUAUUUUCAGGAUCCAACGAGGAGGAGGACGACGAACUACUCAGCGAUUUUCUCAAGAGUUACAAUCCUGAUUUGGGUUGGGGUUUCAAACGACCGGAGAGACUAGACGUUAAAAAACCUGGACCUUUCUACAAAACGAACAAUUAUGCAUUUGUUAACAACGACGCUAACGAUUCCAAAGAAGAAGAAGAAGAAGAAGAUGUUUCAAAAACAGUCGAUGCUACUACUUUAUUGGGAACAAAUAGGAAACUAGAAUCCGAAGAUUCGGAUUCAGGAGAAAACAAAAAGCCAAAGAAGUUAACCCAGAAUGAUUUUAAAACUAUUUAUGUGAGCAAGAUUACUCCUGAAAAAUCGAAUACUUUGGAUGAAAAAGAAUCCAAGUCAAAAUUGCUGAAUCUACCAAAUGACCAUUACGACGUUGUGGACACCUCAUACGUUUAUGUUAAAAUAAAGGAAAAAAUUAUUAACAAAAAUCGAGCGAAUCAAAUACUUGAAACUUUAUCUAAAAUCAUCGGCGUCAAUUUCAAGUCGUUUGUGAACGUUCGUCUGGACGGUGAUGAAAUUACGUUUAAAGUACUUCCGAGCACUGGUUUAAACGCCACGGAAAUAGUAAGGAAAAUAGAGGUGGCGAAAGAAAAAUUCGGCAAAAAAUCUGGCUACACUAUUGUGUCGGUAGGCAUUGGGGACAAGACAAAACUCCCUUCGGUGAUGAUGAAAUCGACGUACGAAGAAAGUAAAAAUUUCGAAUGGAUCUUUAUUUCUGUUGCUGUCAUGUGCGCGGUCAUAGUGUCGGCUUUAGGAUUUAUCUUACUGAAAAGACAUACGAAAAUUAAAAGCAAAUUUGAAGGAUUAAUCGGAAGCGCCCAAGAGGUCACCAAAGAUUAUCAGGAAUUGUGCCGAGCUCGGAUGUCGAGCAAAAAAGAAGAGCCCAACGCAGCGUCUCAAAGAAUAGCCAGUCUAUCAAAAGAUCCGGACAAUAGUCCUUCGUCAAGAUCGAGCACUUCUUCGUGGGGCGAGGAACCGGUUUUAUCAAACAUGGAUAUUUCCACUGGACACAUGGUUUUGGCUUACAUGGAAGAUCAUCUCAACAACAAGAACAGACUGGACAGCGAAUGGGCCGCUCUGUGUGCUUAUGAAGCCGAACCGUGCGCUGUCACCGUGGCCAGAAAGCCGGAAAACGCCAAGAAGAACCGCUACAUCAACGCUUUGCCCUACGAUCACGCCCGAGUCGUCAUCAACGAGUAUGCCAACAUAAACAAUACGGACUACAUCAAUGCAUCCACGAUAACCGAUCACGACCCCAGGAAUCCGGCUUACAUAGCCACCCAAGGACCGUUGCCCGAGACAUCGGCGGACUUUUGGCAAAUGGUCUGGGAACAAGGAUGCGUGGUCAUUGUCAUGUUGACCAGACUAGUCGAGAACGAUGUAGUGUUGUGUCAUCGUUAUUGGCCGGAAGAAGGAUCUGAACUUUAUCAUAUAUACGAGGUGCAUUUGGUCAGCGAACACAUUUGGUGCGACGAUUAUUUGGUGAGGAGUUUCUACCUGAAGAACUUGAAGACCGGCGAGACUAGGACCGUCACACAAUUCCACUUCUUGACAUGGCCUGACGGAGGAGUUCCGAACACUACAAAGGUUCUGCUGGAGUUCCGAAGAAAAGUGAACAAGUCGUUCCGCGGUAGAUCUUGCCCGAUAGUAGUACAUUGCAGCGACGGCGUCAGCCGUACAGGUUCUUAUUGCUUGUUGGAUAUGGUACUUAACCGCAUGGCCAAGGGUGCCAAGGAAAUUGACAUAGCCGCCACUCUCGAGCACAUCCGAGACCAGCGUUCAGGUGCGGUAGCUACAAAAUCUCAGUUCCAGAUGGUUUUGGCGGCCGUGGCAGAGGAAGUCCAAGCCAUAUUAAAAGCGUUGCCCCAACAACAAACACCUCAGCCGAUCCCUCCACCUCCUCCUCCCGCCCAACACUAAAUUCCUCCUUCUUAACAUUUGUGAGAUUUUGAGUUCCACCUGUGUAUGCUAGUAAUAUCUAUUAUAGGCUCAACAAAAAAAUUUUAAAAAAAAAAUGUUUUUUUUUUUUUGAUCUCAUUUACUAUCUCUCUGCUAGAAACCAUAUAGUCCCUUUAUAAUCAGUUAUAUAAUAAUAUAAAGGUAUAUAUAUAAAUUAUUACAUAUAUUCAAAGGCUUGAAAUUUAAUUAUUAUAACGUUAACGCGAUUAAAAAAAUAAAUUCUAUUAAAUUAUUAUAAUAAUUCAAAUAAAUCUACCCGGUCAAUUGUUACCACGUUAAUACAACCAGGUAAAACUGGUCAAGUUAAAAAAUAGGUAUUUGAAAAUAUAUUUUAAUAUCUUGUUUUUUUUUUUUAAAGUUAUUUUUUUUUAUUUUCCUUAUUCGCAUAACGCAGUUGUUAUAUUAUUUUAAAGUAUUACAUUAACGAGAAGAGACAUUCAUUUUAAUUUUUUAUUUACAAGGCCGUUUGGAAAAUUACACAACACAAAUUAUCUAGUUAGGUACCUAUUAAUAUCUAUUAAGAGUGUCGAAAUAGUUUUCGAUUUUUGGUGUUAAGAACCAUUCACAUAUACAUUAUAUGCGUUUUAAAAUAUAUAAACAUACUUCAUAAUAUAUUAUUACCCAACGAUUAAAAAUUAUUAUAACCUUAGAAAUGAUCUAAACAAUUAUAACU